UUCUAUUCAAAAUUCAAAACACCCCCCCGGCCCCUCAACACUCUCCAAUAUGUUUCCUUCUAUCUGGUAGUUUCUCCAUUUUCUUGAGAGACAGAAAUAUGUAUCCUGUAGGCUUGUUCUAAUGGAGGUAAAGAAGACAGAGACAAAGCUUUAAUUUGCUUGCUAGGAGGGUGAAGGAAGGAAACUAAGCUGCAGAGAGUUCAAAAAUGAGCACGGCAAGAUUCAUCAAGUGUGUCACUGUUGGUGAUGGAGCUGUUGGAAAGACUUGCAUGCUCAUAUCUUAUACCAGCAAUACCUUCCCUACAGAUUAUGUUCCCACUGUGUUCGACAACUUUAGUGCUAAUGUCGUGGUUGAUGGAAGCACAGUUAACCUUGGACUAUGGGACACUGCUGGACAGGAGGAUUAUAAUAGGUUGAGGCCUUUGAGUUACAGAGGUGCAGAUGUUUUCUUGUUGGCCUUCUCUCUUAUCAGCAAAGCCAGCUAUGAAAAUAUCUCCAAGAAGUGGAUUCCUGAGCUGAGGCAUUACGCCCCAACUGUGCCAAUAGUGCUUGUAGGAACCAAAUUUGAUCUACGGGAAGACAAGCAGUAUUUGAUUAAUCAUCCUGGCGCUACACCAAUCACAACUGCCCAGGGUGAAGAACUCAAGAAAGCAAUUGGUGCUGCAGCAUACAUAGAGUGCAGCUCCAAGACUCAACAGAAUGUUAAGGCUGUGUUUGAUGGUGCAAUCAAGGUUGUUCUGCAGCCACCUAAGCCGAAGAAAAGGCGACGCAAGCCGAGGCCAUGCACAUUCCUCUAAGUUCAUAUUUCCCAAUCUUGCUCUCCUUAAUGCCACUUUUUUGAACCUAUGAUGUUUUUCAUUUCCUUGUUUUUCUUCCUUUGUUUAUUUCCUUUGUUUAUUUUUCAAUGUAUUGUAUUCCUAUGCUUCAUAUGAAUUUUUACAAAUGUAAUCUCUGUGAACAACAAACACCGUGUAAGAUAACAUUAUUGUGCAUUGUUGCACUACUUAAGCUUUUGCUAGAAACUAUUAGAAGUAAAAGCUACAAUCGUACCAUGAUUGAAUGGAGGAAUAAAUCAGACUUCUUAUUUGAGCAGA